AUGACACAAAGGUCAGUUUUUGAGAAUGAGAUUAAAACGCUUCAGAAAGGAAAAUGUAUCACAACAGGUCAGGUGAGAAAUUUAAAUUUGUUUAUUGAUGACAAAGGAUUAAUAAGAGUAGGUGGACGCUUGACAAAUGCCAACAUUGACUAUGAUUCAAAACAUCAAAUUUUGCUUCCCAAAAAGCAUAAGUUAACUAAAAUGAUAUUUGCUUACUACCAUUUAAAAAAUCUUCAUGCAGGGCUGCAAGCUUUAUUGCAUUUUAUUCGCCAAAUUUAUUGGCCCAUGGGUGGAAAAGAUAUUGCUAGAAAAACAGUUCAUGACUGUUUAAUUUGUUUUCGCCAUAAAUCUACUAAUUUAGAGCAAUUAAUGGGAAACUUGCCCGCUGAACGUGUAACUCCUAAUUUAACUUUUAACAAUACAGGGGUAGACUACUGUGGCCCCUUCCUUAUUAAGUACAAGAAUCAAAGAAAAGGAAAUUUACAUAAGGUGUAUGUUGGUAUUUUUAUUUGUUUAGUUACUAAAGCCAUACAUUUAGAAAUUGUCUUUGAUUUAUCUGCCCAAGCUUUCAUUGCAUGUUUGAAACGCUUCUUUUCUCGAAGAGGGAAAAGCUCUUGUAUUUUUAGCGACAAUGCUACUAAUUUCACUGGUGUUAAUACAGAGUUAAAGAAACUUGCAUCACUUUUAACAUCUCCUAAUGAAUAUUUAGCUAACUACUUAUCUUCAGAAAAUAUCUCAUGGAAGUUUUUGCCCCCUCGUGCCCCAAAUUUCGGAGGUCUAUGGGAAUCAGGAGUUAAGUCAUUCAAACAUCACUUGAAAAGAACUGUUGGUAAUGCUAGACUUAAUUAUGAA